UGCGUCUGUGUCUUAACGGAUUUGUUCAAACAGAGAGUGGCACGCCUGUUUGUCUGUGCAAGAAAAACAAGUGUUGGUGAUUCUGUCUGCAUUUCAGUCUGAUAUCAGCAAACAGUGAGUGUGCAUACACGUGAACAAGGCUGCGUGUUUCUCAGCUGUCACUUCUGCUGCGUUGAGUCAAGAUGGAAACACAGCAGCUCAAACGUGCUGCAGCUUCUUGUACAGCAUCGUUUCAGACGGCCACAGUCAGCUGCUGAAAGGAGCAUCGUUGGUAUUGUUGCCUCCCUCGUCUCCUCCUUCUUUUCUCCUUUCCCCUCCCUUCUCCCGUCUAUCAAUCCUCUUCUCGACACACGCACCCCGAUUUCCGCAUCGCCUCCUCCGGUAUAAUGACCAACGAUAGCCCGGAGGAGGAGACCCGAGCUCCGGGCGGCGGAGGAGGUGGUUGUGGAAGAGCAAUCGGUAGAAAACACCGAGCGGAUGACAAUGUGACGAUCCUAACAUCAUCCAUGGAUUUACACAGAGCCAGCCGGAGCCGAGCCAGCAGCAGCAGCAACGAUGCCGCCCCGAGCAUCACGUCCUCCGUGGAUCUGAGCACCUCCUCCCUGGAGCUGAGCAUCCAGACGCGGAUCUUUAAGAUCAUCGUCAUCGGGGACUCCAACGUGGGGAAGACCUGCCUCACCUUCCGCUUCACGGGGGGCAGCUUCCCCGAUAAGACCGAGGCCACCAUCGGCGUGGAUUUCAGGGAGAAGGUGGUGGAGAUCGAAGGGGAGACUAUCAAGGUGCAGGUAUGGGACACAGCAGGCCAGGAGCGCUUUCGUAAAUCCAUGGUGGAGCACUACUACCGCAAUGUUCAUGCUGUGGUCUUUGUAUAUGAUGUUACCAAGAUGGCUUCCUUCCGCAACCUACAGACUUGGAUAGAGGAGUGCAAUGGUCAUCGGGUGUCGGCAUCAGUACCUCGAGUCCUGGUGGGGAACAAGUGCGACCUUGUGGACCAAAUACAGGUGCCCUCCAACAUGGCGCUGAAGUUCGCCGACGCCCACAACAUGCUGCUAUUCGAGACGUCGGCAAAGGACCCGAGAGAAAGUCAGAACGUCAACUCGAUCUUUAUGUCCUUGGCCUGCCGUCUGAAGGCUCAGAAGUCUCUGCUCUACAGAGACGUGGAGAGAGAGGAUGGGCGAGUGCGACUCACACAAGAGACUGAGACAAAGAGUACUUGUCCUUGUUGAGGAAAAGGAGGAGCGGGAGGAAUAAUGGAAGGGAGGAGAGAAGAGUUUCUCUACAUUUGAAGAAGGAAGAGGAAAAGGGAUGAUAGGGCGAAAGACAAGAGUCGUUUAAAUUUGUAGUUUAGGAGAAGGAUGGGGGUGUUAAAGCUGACACUACGAGGUGGACGGUAGAGGGGCUUAAAGCUUGUGCAAAGGACUGAACAAUCACCAACAUCCUGGGAGUGAUGCAUCUGUUAACAAUUCAGAAAUAAGAUGAAGCUGCCUUUUCAACUACAGUAUAGUUUAGAAAUUCUUCCACUUAUUUGCACAUAUAUACACAAUCUGAGUAAUCUGAAACCAGCCCUAGCUCGGUGUUUUCCAAGGUCAUUAUUAACCGCAGCAGCUUAUUUUACUGGCGGUUUUUUGCUGUCAGAGCUUCAUAUUUGUCACAUUUCACCCUUGUUGUGAUUGCACCAUUUCUACCGCCUUAAAAGCUAAACAGCUGGCUCUAAAUUAGUUUUAAUGACCCGAGGCAAAAACAGCAAAGAUGUUUCAAGGAUUUGAAAAAGCAUUCAACAGAUUCUUCUUUUGUUGAGAAAUAUUAGACUUUUAUCGUCUCCCCCCUCCCUACAUUUAUGUUGCCUGAUAUCAAAAGCCCUCAAAUGAAGGACUUAAAAUCAUUGUGAGAUUUAAAUGAAUGGAGAAGAUGACAGAUUGCAGGAUCUACAGAGGAAGACCUUGACGAGAAGGUUUCCUGCAAAUGGGCCAUUUAUAGGUUGCCAGAGAGCAUGUCAGCUAUUGAUUUAGAAGCUGUGAGAUCCUUUUACCCUUAUGCAGGUGAAAGGCACUCUCCUACAAAGGGGAGGCAAGGCUCUUGUUUCUCAUCCACUCCUCAUGUAAAUGUAUCUUCUCCAUGUUGUCCCAGUGGCCUAAGCCAGCUUUGCCACUGGAUGUAAAUUCAAAAACAUCAAGUCUUUAAAAUAGCUGCCCGGCUCUCUCCUGUUAUGCAGCAUCAAUGCUCUAAUAGGUAUUUUUCAAGCUAGAGGCCUUCUAGCUGCCUUAGAUGAAGCUUCACUGCCUCCAGUCUCUGAAAAUGCAGGAGAGAAAACUGUGAACCCUGUGUAGGUGAUGGAGAGGCCUUUGUGCUGCUGAACCCUUAAGCCUGGAUUAUUCGAGUCACUGGUGAAACUGGCAGCGUGAGACACUGUAGAAAGCCAUAUUUAAUAUUUCCUGCACACAGAGAGGCAGCUUGCUUUGCACCGAGGAAGCUCCCAUGUAGGCUGUGGGUGAAGGAACACACUGUACAUAAAUCAGUGUUUAAGCAAUGAAGCCUCUGUGUCACAAGAAACCAUCCAACAUCCCAACUGUGAUGUAUGUCAGUUUGAUAUAGUAGCACACUUAGCAUAUUUUACCACUGUAGCCUACUCUUGUGUGAUUCUAUUAAUGUAUCUGGAUGCCAUAUGUAGAAAAAUCAGAUCAGCGAGCAUUUAAGAGCGGCGUUCCCUCCAAGCUGCCAGUCUGAUGUCCUGAUUAAAUUAUUCACAGACUGAAUCUGAACACUGUGCAAAUCCAGAGAGCUUCUGCCUGAGGUGUGCCAUGAUUUGGUGAUCUUUCAUACAGAUUUUACGAACGGUGCAAAAGUCUUCAGCCACAAAUAGUUAUAAAAUAGUCCUAGCCAUUUCAUAGCAAUAAAAUAAAGUGCUAUUUCAGCAUGGUGUGCAGUCUGCCCUUAAAAAAUAUGAGGCAAAUGGAUGAAUAGAGGACAGGAGAAGUGGCAGGCCUUAAAAGCUCUACAGCAGAUAUCUGAAAGUCAUUUGCUUAAGAAAUAGGCAAAAUCGACCAAAGACCCAACACAGGAUUUUCAGUUGAUCCACUGACUGUUUGCCAAAGCCUCAUCAGAAAUGGUUUCAGUGGAAAGGCAGCUGUCAAGAAGCUUCCUAAAGAAAGGAAACAGGGACUAAAAUGUGCCAAAUUACACAAAAGCUGUAAUAAAAAUCAGUAGAGACAGGUCUUAUUGACCAAUGAAUCCAAAUGUAACAUUUCUGGUGUAACUCACUGUCAGCAGGCACAGCGGAGGCCAGGAGAAAUGGGCCCACCGUGCAAGACCAUCUGGAAAACGCUGCUUGGCAACUGACCUUUUCAUGUUUGAGCAUGACAAUGAUCCAAACACACUGUCAAUGCCAUAAAAUUAGAAAUGAUUAGAAAAACACACAGUCGUGGAUUGGCCUCCCCAGAGCCCAGACUUCAACAUUCCUGAAGCAGUGUGGGAUCAUCUUAGUUAAUGUAUUUCCGUGUAUGUGUGCACCUUUCAAGAAAUUGCUACACCCAUAUUCCUACCAAAAUAUUAAAAAAUGAGGGCCGGCUCAAGACUUUUGCACAGUUCUAACAGCAGGAUCGAACAGCUGUCACAAGUGAAUCAAAUGACAUUACUGUAAAACAUCAGGAAGAGCUCUGUUCAUUCUCCUUAUAUGGGCUAAUCUGUGACUUCUUUUGUUUGUUUGUUUAUUUGUUUUUAAUCUCCAUAAAUGGCAUCCACAGGUGCGCCUCAGCCACAGCUGGGGAAACCACUACGUUCAGGAUUGAUGGAGCGGUAUCCCAGGACAUAAAAUGUAAAAUGAAUUGUUCACCCUUUAAAUUUUAAUACAUUAACAUCGACAGCUUUGUCCAUCAGUGGGUUUGACUGUCAAUUGGAUUGACUGAACUAGACUAAUGAGCAGAAAAACACAUUGUGGAAAAAAGAAAAAUGUGUCUGCAUUUCUGUUAACAUGGUUUCAAAUGAAUAGAAAAGGAAAUGAAGCUAUAGUUAGGUUGUUUUCACUGUCAUCAACCAAACAUAUAUAUCACUGUUUAUGAAAUUAUUCAGCAGUUUAUGUCAUUUACUAGAAAAUGUAACAUCGCUUAACAAACGUGCAGAUUUAACCAUUUAAAACUGCAAAAUGUGCAUUUUUCCAGGUCGAAGAGUUGCAAAUAUAUGCUUGCGUUCCCUUUUCUCUAUAUCUCCAGUGUGUUUUCUAAUAUAUUUGUACUUUUUUGCAGUUGAUUUGUGUCAUUUGUAAUAACCCAUGUUUGCUCUUGAAGGGUUGCCUUUGCAUUUUGAUAUUUAGUCUGGUAUUAUUGUUUAUCUGCAAAACGUCUGUAUGUGGAAAAUAAUAAAUAUCGAAUUCACUUUGAA